UCACUUGUCAUCGCCUAAAUUUAGUCAAAUGCUUGUCAGGCAUUGCCUCAGACUGUGCUCUUUGUGUAGCCAUGUAGUUUACAGCAGCGGAGGAGGACUAGGAGGAUGGAGGACACUUGUGGGACACGCCAGUGUGAAACAUGCUAACAGGACAGACUGGGGCAGAGUGAUGUUUAAACGCUUCUUUCACAGUGAUCUGGGGGAGCUGUACAAGAACGAGUCAGUUCAGGUGUAUCUCGAGCAGCUCAUGGAGGAGCACAGGGACCUGAGCAAGAAGCUACAGCAUGCAUACCUCAGUGAGUCAGACAGAAAGGGGCUCAUAAAGAAGCACACUGAGCUGCUGCCUCUGGCCAGUGUGUUUGGGAGCAUUGAACAAGCUCAGAAAGACCUCGAAGAGGUCAGUUCACUUCUAAAAGGUUUAGCUGGCACCAAAGAUGAAGAUGAAGAUCUGACCCAGCUGCUAAAAGAGGAGGAAGCACAAAUCUCCAGCAAGAUUUUGGCUUUAAGAAGAGACCUAAUCAAAGCUCUUAUCCCCACUGAUCCUCUUGACUCAAGUAAUGUUCUGCUGGAGGUCGUAUCAGGGCGGACAACAGGAGGUGACAUUUGUCAGCAGUUCACCAAAGAAAUAUUUGACAUGUACCAGGGUUUUGCAUUUUACAAAAACUGGGACUUUGAGGUGUUGAACUACACACCUGCAGAGUAUGGUGGUCUGCACCAUGCAGCAGUGAGAAUAGCCGGAGAGAACGUGUACAGGCACCUGAAGCACGAAGGAGGAACGCACCGGGUUCAAAGGAUCCCUGAGAUGGGGCUCUCCUCCAGGAUGCAGCGGAUCCACACAGGAACCAUGACUGUCAUCAUCCUGCCUCAGCCAGUUGAGUUUGAAGUCCACAUCGAUCCAAAGGAUCUUCGAAUCGACACGUUCAGAUCUCGGGGUCCUGGGGGGCAAAGUGUUAACACAACAGACAGCGCAGUGCGCGUAGUUCAUCUUCCGACAGGCAUAACUGCAGAGUGUCAGCAGACUCGAUCUCAGCUGCAAAACAGAGAAACGGCCAUGCGCAUGUUGAGAGCCAGGCUCUACCAAGGCAUGAUGGGUAAAGAGACUGAACAGCGGAAUACAGCACGAAAGCAGCAGGUGGGCACACGCUCUCAGUCAGAGAGAAUUCGUACCUACAACUUCAGUCAGGAUCGUGUCACAGACCACCGCACCGGAUAUACAACAAGGGACAUUAAGGAGUUCAUGAGAGGUGGGGAGGCUCUCGAUGAUCUGAUCUCUGAUAUACUUGAACACACAGAGAAGGAGGCUCUUCUCGAGGCGGCGGAGAACAGCAGCAGUUUGAAACGACCAGAGUCUGGACAGUCUGCAGACUGAGACCAACAGCAGCUUGUGGGAGAUGUGCUUCCUUGAUAUAUCUGACUGCUCUGUGCCUGCAGAACACAUGUUAUUCUAUUAUUUGACAAACUGAAAGUAACAGAGGUUUUUAUUUUUGUAAUAAAAUGUAACUUAUGUGUUUUA